UUUACCAGUGCAACAACAAACAACUACAGCGGAAGCGUUACCAGCUGAUGAUCAACGUCACUCUAUUGAACAGUUAUUCAGUUAUGUGAAGCUUUUUCUCUGUGCGAAACUUUCCAGUGAUCUUUUGACAGCUGCACUUUACAGUGAACAAUUCUUCUCAAUGUAUAUUUUUAUUUUAUUUAGAAAGGAUAUUCGACAUCGUCAACCACAACAACAAACAAUUGUCUCUGUUGCUCAAAAUCUUUUGUCUCCAUUACCACAUCCACUAGAGGAAGAAUUUGGUCAUGCGGUACAAUUACGUCCGAAACGGGCUAAUAAUGAAACUGAGCAAGAAAAUUUAGAGGAGCCAAGAAAUGAUAUUCGAUUGUAUUUUCCUGUACUUCCAAAAAAAUUUAAACGUGGACCAAUUGUUCAUACAAAGCCAAAAUGA